CUAACACAACCCAGAAAAACCAAAGACGGAGGUGGUUCUCUUUCUAUCAGCGUUGAUGAAGAUAUUAGAGAUGGCGCAUACGACAGUGCCACUUCUGUUGAUGUUUUUUCUAUGUACUCUAUCCAGCGACUCGUCAUUCCAGCCUGCUCUAGUAUUAGAAAUGGCCAAGAUUCUUUUGGAAAACUACUGCUUCCCUGAGAACCUGGUUGGGAUGCAAGAGGCCAUCCAACAAGCUAUCAACAGUGGAGAAAUCCUACAGAUUUCAGAUAGGAAGACCCUGGCAACUGUGCUCACAGCUGGAGUACAAGGAGCACUGAAUGAUCCUCGGUUGACCAUUUCCUAUGAGCCUAAUUUUGUCCCAGUGAUGCCACCAACUCUAUCAUCUCUUCCAAAAGAACAGCUGAUCCGGCUGGUGAAAAACUCUGUCAAGGCGGAUAUCUUGGAAAACAAUGUUGGCUAUCUACGGAUAGAUCGGAUCAUUGGGGAGGAAACAGCAGUAAAGUUUGGCUCGCAGCUCAUGGGAAAUAUCUGGGAUAAUAUUGCUCACACAUCCUCACUAAUCUUUGACCUAAGGUACAGCACAGCUGGAGAGCUCUCUGGAGUUCCUUUUAUUAUCUCCUAUUUCUCAGACCCUGAAUCCGUUAUUCAUAUUGACACUGUAUAUGACAGGCCUUCAAAUUCAACCAGGGAGCUAUGGACCAUCCCAUCUAUAGUGGGGGAAAGGUAUGGAAAGAAAAAAGAUGUCAUUAUUUUGACCAGUAGAUGCACAACGGGGGCUGCUGAGGCAGUGGCGUAUGCUCUAAAAAACCUAAGGAGGGCCAUCACAGUUGGAGAAAAGUCUGCUGGUGGGUCGGUGAAAGUCCAAAAAAUUAGGAUUGCUCAGUCGAAGUUCUACAUAACAGUUCCUGUGGCAAGAUCUGUCAGCCCAAUUACAGGUCAGAGCUGGGAGGUCACUGGUGUUUCUCCAAAUGUCCACAUUAUUGCCAAGGAAGCUGUUGCAAAAGCCAAAUCACUUCUGGCUAUAAGGAAUUAUAUUCCAAAAGUUGUCCAAAGAAUCUCUGACAAAAUCGACCGGUUCUACACGUUUACUGAAAGAGUUCCAGCUCUUCUUCAACUCUUGGAAUCUACAGACUUCCUGUCUGUUGUAUCUGAAGAGGGUCUAGCAAUCAGACUCAACCAAGUGCUCCAGACUGGGUCUGAAGAUCCCAGACUGACAAUCAAAUACAUGCCAGAAUAUGUAGCCAAUGUAGAGGAAGGCCAUGAACAUGACAAAGUUCCAGACGAUCCUGGACUAUUAACGGAAUACAUUGAUACAUUGCACAAAGUGGAAAUUCUCCCAGGCAACACUGGUUAUGUCCGCUUUGACAAGUUUGUCAAGUCAUCUGCUAACUUAGAAGAGGUCAUGACUAAAAAGGUAUGGGUACCCCUCAAAGAUACUGCUAACUUGAUUAUUGAUUUGCGCUAUAACACCGGUGGAUCCUCUACCUCUCUAGCCAUUAUUUUGUCUUAUCUACAGGACACAUCACAGAAGCAACACUUUUUUACAAUAUAUGACCGAAUUCAGAAUAGUACAACAGAACACAACACUUUGCCUAAAAUUACAGGACCAGCGUAUGGCUCAAAGCGGGAGAUUUACGUGUUAACCAGUUAUUACACAGCAAGUGUUGGCGAAGAGUUUGCUUAUCUGAUACAGUCAUUACAUCAGGGCACAGUCAUUGGGGAAAUAACAUCUGGUACCCUGAUGCACUCAAAGACCUUUAAAAUAGAGGGGACCAAUAUUGCCAUCACUGUUCCUUUCAUAAACUUUAUCGACAACAAUGGAGAAUUCUGGCUGGGAGGUGGGGUGGUACCUGAUGCCAUUGUGCUUGCUGAAGAAGCAGUGGACCAUGUUCAUGAGAUUGCUGAAUUUCACAAAGGACUAAAUUCCCUCAUACAAGGAGCUGGAGAUUUGUUAGAAGAUCACUACGCAAUCCAUGAAGUCGCGCUAAAGGUUAGCAAGGUGCUGGUAAGUAAAUGGGCUGACGGAUUAUACCGCUCGGUGGUUGACUUUGAGUCUUUGGCAUUACAGCUGACAGCAGAUCUCCAAGAGACUUCAGGUGAUCACCGACUGCAUGUUUUCCACUGUGAGGUUGAGCCUGAGUCACUUCAUGAACUCCCAAAGAUUCCUACAGCAGAGGAAAUGGGCUAUAUAAUUGAUGCUCUUUUUAAAAUUGAGCUUCUACCAGGUAACAUUGGCUAUUUAAGGUUUGAUAUGAUGGCAGACAUAGAAGUGGUAAAAGCCAUCGGACCGCAUCUCAUAAAAUCUGUUUGGAGCAAGAUAAAAAAUACAGAUGCCCUCAUAAUUGAUAUGAGGUACAACAGUGGUGGUUAUUCAACCGCGAUUCCACUUUUGUGUAGUUAUUUCUUUGAUGCAGAACCUCUACACCAUCUCUACUCUGUUUUUGACCGAACAACAACCACAAUGACAGAAGUCAUGACAAUUCCAAAGGUGAGGGGUCAAAGAUAUGGAUCCUCCAAGGAACUAUUCAUCUUGACCAGUCAUAUGACUGGGUCAGCAGCCGAAGUAUUCACUUGCACAAUGAAGGACCUAAAUCGGGCCACAAUUGUUGGCGAGCCAACAACUGGUGGGUCUUUAUCAAGUAGAACCUAUCAGAUCAGAGACACUGUCCUGUAUGCCUCCAUUCCUAACCAAGCUGUUUUUAGUGCCGUCACUGGAAAAAUGUGGAGCUUUUCGGGGGUUGAGCCCCAUAUUGCUGUUCAGGCAAAUGAGGCUCUAUCUGUAGCUCAGAAAAUCCUAGAGUCAAGGUUGCUGAAGAGAGUGCAAGGUAAACAAUAAAAAUGCAACAAAAAUGACUAGUUAAUUAGUUUUUCUGCUUAGGCACCACUUCAAUGUAAA